UCCCAUUAAACAUGUUGACGUCAUGUCGUACAGGACGUAGAAGGCGUGGCCUAACAUGUCACACCCGGAAGUGAUGUAGAGUCACCAGACUCGCUGAAAACAACAGAACCAGAACCAGGACCAGACAGAACCUGGUUCCGGAUUCUGUCCGGAGUCUACCGGGUCUUUGGGUCAGCGCAGCGGGCCGACAUGUGGAUCGAACCGGAGGAGGUUCUGCUGGCCGGGGCUCUGUGGGUCUCUGAGCGGGCCAACCCGUUCUUCAUCCUGCAGAGGAGGAGGGGGCACGGCCGCGGAGGGGGGCUGUCCGGUCUUCUGGUGGGGACGCUGGACGUGGUUCUGGACUCCAGCGCCAGGGUGGCUCCCUACAGGAUCCUGCUGCAGACGGCCGACUCCCAGAUCUACUGGAACAUCGCCUGUGGCUCGUCGAGGAAAGAGAUCACGGAGCACUGGGAUUUCCUGGAAUCCAACCUGCUGCAGACGAUCUCCAUCUUCGACAACGAUGAAGAUGUCAUCACCUUUGUCAAAGGAAAGAUCUCGGGCAUCAUCGCGGAGGAGAACCGGCUGAAGCGGAGCGAGGAGCAGGAAGAGAACAGCGGGAAGUUCCUGGAGGCAGAGCUGAAGAUGCGGAAGCUGUUUGGGAUGCCGGAGGAGGAGAAGCUGGUGAACUAUUACUCCUGUAGCUACUGGAAGGGGCGUGUCCCGCGCCAGGGCUGGCUCUACCUGUCCAUCAACCACCUGUGCUUCUACUCCUUCCUGCUGGGCAAGGAAGUGACGCUGGUGGUGCCGUGGACCGAGGUGACCCAGCUGGAGAAGAACGCCACCCUGGUGUUCCCGGAGAGCGUCCGCGUUAGCACCCGGAACGCCGAGCAUUUCUUCUCCAUGUUCCUGAACGUCAACGACACCUUCAAGCUGAUGGAGCAGCUCGCCAACAUCGCCAUGCGCCAGCUGCUGGACAACGAGGCGUUCGCCGCCGACCGCUCGCUGCCCAAGGCCUGCAAGACGCUGAAGAACGUCUCUGCCCUGAAGAGAGACUUCGACGCCCGGGCCAAGAACGAGCGGUACCGGUCCAUGUUCCGGCUGACGCAGGACGAGCGGCUGGACGGACACACGGACUGCACGCUGUGGACGCCGUUCGCCAAGAUGCACGUAGUGGGUCAGCUGUUCAUCUCCAACAACUACAUCUGCUUCAGCAGCAGAGAGGAGGACCUGUGCCAGCUCAUCAUCCCGCUCAGAGAGGUGACCAUCGUGGAGAAGGCAGACAGCAGCAGCGUCUUGCCGUGUCCCGUCUCCAUCAGCACCAAGAACAAGAUGAACUUCCUGUUCGCCAACCUCAAAGACAGGGACUUCCUGGUUCAGCGGAUCUCAGACUUCCUGCAGCGGACGCCGGACGGCUCGUGGAGCGACACCAACCCGCUGUCUCUGAUUGGCUCCUCGGGCUCCACCAGCGUGGAUUCUGUCCACAAGGGGCGCCAUUACCACGGCGGCCUGCCCACCGCCCAGCAGGGCCUGCUGCGGCUGUACCAGCAGGACGGCCCGGAGGACCUCGGCCCGAAAGCUAUGAAGGAGCGGAUGAAGGAGGAGGCGUGGAACAUUCACUUCUCCGAGUUCGGCCGGGGCGUCUGCAUGUACAGAACCUCCAGAACCCGAGAGCUGGUUCUGAACGGGAUCCCGGAGCGCCUGAGGGGGGAGCUGUGGCUGCUGUUCUCCGGCGCUCAGAACGAGAUGGCGUCCCACCCUGGUUACUAUGGCGACCUGGUGGAGCAGGCCAUGGGCCUCUGCUCAUUGGCUACCGAGGAGAUCGAGCGCGACCUUCAUCGCUCGAUGCCUGAACACCGAGCCUUCCAGAACGAGACGGGCAUCGCCGCGCUGCGCCGCGUCCUGACGGCCUACGCCCACCGCAACCCCAACAUCGGCUACUGCCAGGCCAUGAACAUCGUCACGUCCGUCCUGCUGCUGUACGGAACCGAGGAGGAGGCCUUCUGGCUGCUGGUGGCGCUGUGCGAGCGCAUGCUGCCCGACUACUACAACACCCGGGUCGUAGGAGCACUGGUGGACCAGGGCGUGUUCGAGGAGCUGACCCGGGCCUUCCUGCCACCCCUCUAUGACCACAUGCAGGCGCUGGGCGUCAUCACCACCAUCAGCCUGUCCUGGUUCCUCACCCUCUUCCUGUCCGUCAUGCCGUUCGACAGCGCCGUCCUGCUGGUCGACUGCUUCUUCUACGAAGGCAUCAAGCUCAUCUUCCAGGUGGCGCUGGCCGUCCUUCACGACAACAUGGACGCCCUGCUGGUCUGCAGCGAUGAGGGCGAGGCCAUGACCAUCCUGGGCAGGUACCUGGAUAACGUUGUGAACAAGCAGACGGUGGCUCCGCCCACUCCCCACUUGCACGCCCUGCUCACGAGUGGAGACGACCCUCCGCCGGAGAUCGACGUCUUCGACCUCAUCAAGGCAUCCUAUGAGAAGUUCGGCAGCCUGCGCUCUGAUGUCAUCGAGCAGAUGCGUUUUAAGCAGAGGUUAAAGGUCAUCCAGUCGCUGGAGGACACGGCGAAGAGGAGCGUGGUGAGGGCGAUGAUGACCGAGCUGGCUUUCAGCAUCGAGGAGCUGGAGGAGCUUUACUGUCUCUUUAAGUCCAAGCACAUGACUAGCUGCUACUGGGGCUCCAGCAGCUCGGCGGCGCAGCGCCACGACCCCAGCCUGCCCUACCUGGAGCAGUACCGGAUCGACCUGGUCCAGUUCGCCCAGCUCUUCUCGGCGCUGUCUCCCUGGGUCUGCGGAAGCCACACCCCCACGCUGUCGGCCCGGCUCUUCAGGCUGUUGGACCAGAACCAGGAUGGGCUGGUCAACUUCAAAGAGUUCAGCACCGGCCUGAGUGGGAUGUACCACGGCGACUUGACGGAGAAGCUGAAGCUGCUCUUCAAGCUCCACCUCCCACCAGCUCUGUGUGCUGAGGAGGCAGAGUCCGCUCUGGAGGCCACACACUUCUUUACUGAAGAUAAACUACAAGAAUCUUCCUUCCUGUCUGAUCUGGAUUCUGUGCGGCAGCAGGAAGUGACAUCAGGUGAAGAACCGAAGGACGGAGGAGAAGAUGUUGAGGAGAAGAAAGAGGUGAAGGACUACAGGUACUACCUGAGGAUGUGGGCUAAAGAGAAGGAGCCCAAGAGGGAAACCAUCAAGGAUUUGCCCAGGAUGAACCAGGAGCAGUUCAUCGAGCUGUGCAAGACGCUGUACAACAUGUUCAGUGAGGAGCCGAGCGAGCAGCAGCUGUACCACGCCAUCGCCACUGUGGCCAGCCUCCUGCUGCGUAUUGGAGAGGUCGGCAAGAAGUUCGGCAACGGCGCCAAGAAGGUUGAGGCCCCGCCUCCUGCCCCGCCAGGGGAGGAGGGGCCCGGCGAGGGAACCUCGACCGACGCCCAGGUGUGCCAGGCUCUGGCCGACGCCCAGCUGGAGCCGCCGGCGCCGCUGACAUCUGACGAGGAGACGAAGGACGACACGUCGGUGUCUUCGUUCUCGGUGGUGAGCUCCGGCUCGCUGCAGUGCGAGGACAUCGCCGACGACACGGUGCUGGUCAGCGGCGAGGAGAGGCGGGGAAGCACGUUGGAUGCUGAUUGGUCAAUCACCUUUGAACAAGUGCUGGCCUCACUGUUGACAGAACCAGCGCUGGUCGAGUAUUUUGAGAGGAAGAUGGACAUCCAAGCCAAAAUGGCUGCCUGUAAGGUUCAGCGGGCCGUGGAGCGCCAGAUAAGCUCCGCCUCCGACCACGAACUCAGCCAGCAUUCCUCCUGACUCACCUGAUCAGCUUGUUAGCUCACUACUCAAUUCUUCCACCUCCUGAUUGGUCACCUGCGUUUCCUGUGUCCAUUUGAGUCUGAUUGGAUCAUUGCUGAUGAUGUCAUGUCUGACUCUGACUGAUCAGUCACUGACUGAGCUAUGACAUCAUCAUGUGACUUCCUGUGGGUGUUUUACAGUAAAAGCUUGUGGGGGUCUAUAAGGCUUUUACUGUGAAAGAGAAGCAGGAAGUGUGUGAUCUCUGAUUGGUUCCCCAGUCUGCUGCAGGUGAACAGGUGUAUAUACAUCCUGUUUGUCACAAGACUGUUGAUUUAUGUCCUCGUUUUCAUGAAUUAAAAAAAAAAAAAUGACUGAAAAAAAAA